AUGACUGGACGGGCCAGAGCCAGGGCGCGAGGACGGGCUCGGGGUCAGGAGCCGGCGCAGCACGUGGGCGCCGCCGCAAGUCAGCAACCCGGCUAUAUUCAGCCUCGACCUCAGCAGCCGCCAGCAGAGGGGGAGCUAGUUGGCCGAGGGCGACAGAGAGGGCCAGUAGGAGCGACAGCCAAGUCACAAGAACUCCAGAUAUCUGCUGGCUUCCAGGAGUUGUCAUUAGCAGAGAGAGGAGGUCGUCGUAGAGACUUCCAUGAUCUUGGUGUGAACACCAGACAGAACUUAGACCAUGUCAAAGAAUCAAAAACAGGUUCUUCAGGCAUUAUAGUAAGGCUAAGCACUAACCACUUUCGAUUGACGUCCCGCCCCCAGUGGGCACUGUAUCAGUACCACAUUGACUACAACCCAUUGAUGGAAGCCAGGAGACUCCGCUCAGCUCUUCUUUUUCAACAUGAAGAUCUAAUUGGAAGGUGUCAUGCUUUUGAUGGAACGAUACUAUUUUUACCUAAAAGACUACAGCACAAGGUCACCGAAGUUUUUAGUCAGACCCGAAAUGGAGAACAUGUGAGGAUAACAAUCACUUUAACAAAUGAACUUCCACCUACAUCACCAACUUGUUUGCAGUUUUAUAAUAUUAUUUUCAGAAGACUUCUGAAGAUCAUGAAUUUGCAACAAAUUGGACGGAAUUAUUAUAACCCGAGUGACCCAAUCGAUAUUCCAAAUCAUAGGCUGGUGAUCUGGCCCGGCUUCACCACGUCCAUCUUACAAUACGAGAACAACAUCAUGCUGUGCACAGACGUCAGCCACAAGGUCCUGCGCAGCGAGACUGUGCUGGACUUCAUGUUCAGCCUAUACCACCAGACAGAGGAGCACAGAUUCCAAGAACAAGUUUCAAAGGAGCUGAUCGGCCUGAUUGUCCUGACCAAGUAUAACAAUAAAACAUACAGAGUAGAUGAUAUUGACUGGGAUCAGAAUCCAAAGAGCACCUUUAAGAAAGCAGAUGGGACUGAAGUGAGCUUCUUAGAGUACUACAGGAAGCAAUAUAACCAAGAGAUCACUGACUUGAAGCAGCCGGUCUUGGUCAGUCAGCCUAAGCGCAGGAGAGGCCCUGGUGGCACAUUGCCAGGCCCUGCCAUGCUCAUUCCUGAGCUCUGCUACCUCACAGGUCUAACUGAUAAAAUGCGUAAUGAUUUUAAUGUGAUGAAAGACUUAGCUGUUCACACAAGGCUGACUCCCGAGCAAAGGCAGCGUGAAGUAGGAAGACUCAUCGACUACAUCCACAAAGAUGAUAAUGUUCAGAGAGAGCUUCGAGACUGGGGUUUGAGCUUUGACUCCAACUUACUGUCCUUUUCAGGAAGAAUUUUGCAAGCAGAAAAGAUUCACCAAGGUGGAAAAACAUUUGACUACAAUCCACAAUUUGCAGAUUGGUCUAAAGAAACAAGAGGUGCACCACUAAUUAGUGUUAAACCACUAGAUAACUGGCUGUUGAUCUACACUCGAAGAAAUUAUGAAGCAGCCAAUUCAUUGAUACAAAAUCUAUUUAAAGUUACACCAGCCAUGGGCAUACAAAUGAAAAAAGCAAUAAUGAUUGAAGUGGAUGAUAGAACUGAAGCCUAUUUAAGAGUCUUACAGCAGAAAGUUACAUCAGACACCCAGAUUGUCGUUUGUCUGUUAUCAAGUAAUCGGAAAGACAAGUACGAUGCCAUUAAAAAGUACCUGUGCACGGAUUGCCCUACUCCCAGUCAGUGUGUGGUGGCACGGACCUUGGGCAAGCAGCAGACCGUCAUGGCCAUCGCCACCAAGAUCGCCCUGCAGAUGAACUGCAAGAUGGGUGGGGAGCUCUGGAGGGUGGAUAUGCCCCUAAAACUAGCCAUGAUAGUUGGCAUUGAUUGUUACCACGACACCACCGCUGGACGGAGGUCAAUUGCAGGAUUUGUUGCGAGCAUCAAUGAGGGGAUGACCCGCUGGUUCUCUCGCUGUGUGUUUCAAGAUCGCGGGCAGGAGCUGGUCGACGGACUCAAGGUCUGCUUGCAAGCUGCUCUGAGGGCUUGGAACAGCUGCAAUGAGUACAUGCCGAGCCGCAUUGUCGUGUACCGGGACGGUGUGGGAGAUGGGCAGCUCAAGACUCUGGUCAACUACGAGGUGCCACAGUUUCUGGACUGCCUGAAAUCUGUCGGUAGAGGCUACAACCCCAGACUAACUGUGAUCGUGGUGAAAAAACGAGUGAAUGCCCGAUUUUUCGCCCAGUCUGGAGGGAGACUUCAAAACCCUCUUCCCGGAACAGUCAUUGACGUGGAGGUCACCAGACCAGAGUGGUAUGACUUCUUCAUCGUCAGCCAAGCUGUGCGGAGCGGCAGCGUGUCCCCCACACACUACAACGUCAUCUACGACAGCAGCGGCCUGAAGCCAGACCACAUCCAGAGGCUGACCUACAAGCUGUGCCAUGUCUACUACAACUGGCCGGGUGUCAUCCGUGUCCCCGCCCCUUGCCAGUAUGCCCACAAGCUGGCCUUCCUCGUGGGCCAAAGCAUCCACAGGGAGCCCAACCUGUCGCUGUCAAACCGGCUAUACUACCUCUAG